AUGAGUGAUGUGGAGUCCGAGAGGUACACCAGUCAGCGGUGGCGACCAACCGAUGAUCAGAUCAAAAUGAUGCUCAAUAUCUACAACUACGGGGUCACACAUCCCAGCAGAGCCCAAGUCGUCGAGAUUGCAUCUCGACUCAGGGCUUUCGGAGAAGCAAGUGAAUAUAAUGUACAUUGCCGGUUCAACAAUCAUGGUAACCGGGUCAAGCGCUGGCAAGCGGAAUUAGACCCUACUGGUACUAUCUUUUCUCAGCUGCCGCUGUACAUGUAUGGCGCCGAGGUUGCUGAACUUAUUCCCUGUUCCGAUCAUCAUUGA